AUGGCGGGGCCAACUCUGACAUGGUGCCUCGUUCGUUUCGGAGCGCGCGUGACGGUGGUGCAGCGAUCGCCGCAGCUGCUGUCCCAAGGCCAGAACAUCGACCUGCGCGGCACUGCGCUCAACAUUGUGCAUCGCAUGGGCAUACUCGAAACCAUGUGCCGCUGCACCAACACGGAGAAAGGCACCGCACUCGUCGACCAAAACAACCGCGGCUUUGCCACGUUCCACAUCGGCGAGUCUGCAAGCGUCCUGACCGCCAAGUACGAGAUCCUUCGAAGCGACCUGUCCAACAUCCUUUACCAAGCUGUGGUACAGCAGCCGGGUGUAGACUUUCGUUUCGGCACGACGAUCGAGCGUGUGGUGGAGAAGGGCGAUUUUGCGGUGCGGGUCAAACUAAGCAGUGGCGAGGAGGAGGAGGAGUAUGACGUGCUGGUGUUGGCGGAUGGGCAGUGGUCCACACUGCGAAAACAGGUGUUUGGCACUGAUGACCUCGAGGCGGUGGACAAGAAUUGCUGCUUCGUCUACUCCCUGCUCAGCAUCCGCCCCGGCAGCGCUGCACAGAAUCAGCAGUGGGAAGCAGCGAGUUGGAGCCGCGAAAGGAGCGUGCAGGUCGCGCUGAUCCAAUCUGCAUUCAGCGAUGUCGGAUGGAAGGUUCCGCGUCUGCUGCGUGGCAUCGAUGCUGCCGACGAUCUCUACUUUCAGACGACCCAACAGAUUCGCAUGGCCAAAUGGCACCGCAACCGCAUCGUGUGUUUGGGCGAUACCACCUACGCGCCCACGCCGUUUACGGGCUUGGGCACCUCGCUCGCCAUCGACGGCGCCUACCUCCUCGCCGGCCACCUCUCCCAGCUCGAGCCAGGCCAACAUCCCGCACUGGCGUUCGACAGGUACGACCAGCAAUUUCGUCCGUUUGUCGUGCACCAUGCCGGCAUUCCUGAGGUCCACCAAGCCCCCCGGAAUGGUGGCGUGCUUCGACACGGGGACAAGCAGACACUUCCGUUCUACCUUCCCGCCAUCCGUCACCAGACAAAUGCCGUUUCCAAGUGGGCGGACGAGUCGUACUUUGCGGCAAGGGCUCGCAUGGCUCGCAUGUCCUGGGCCGUCAAGUUUCCGAGCUUUCCGGCUUUGGAACGAGCGUGA